UGCGUUCGUACAGGAAGUGUGUCGCCCUAAAUACGAUUUGCUUGUGUACAUGCUUGUGUACGUACUUGUACGGAGUUCACGUGUACCCUAUGUUGUAGAGCAUAAAGCAAGCUUGACUUCCUAGCUGUUCAAAAAAGUCAUGGAGAAAGAAACUCCGGCCAAAAAGGCUUCUGCGCCCUCUGUUUCUCAAAUCAAUGCGGAAUAUGUCACCCAGUUGGCUAACAGAUAUUGGGCACCCCAUUCGAAGAAUAAGCUGCCCUUCGACCCUAAGGUCAUGGAAGAUGUUUACCUGAAAGAGAUUUUCCAGUCCAAGUUUGCCAUAAGAAAGAUAAUGUUACUGGAGUUCAGUCAAUAUCUGGAAAACUACCUGUGGGUGAACUACUCUCCGGCCGUGUCCAGCAAGGCUUACCUCAUGUCCAUCUGCUGCAUCAUCAACGAGAAGUUCAGAGAGAACGUUCCAGCCUGGGAGGUGUUCAAGAAGGAGCCCAGCCACUUCCCCUACUUCGUCAAGUGUGUCAUGCAGGCAGUGCUGGAGGGAGACCAGGCCGGCCUGACCCUGAAGGAACAGACUGUCCUCCUGGUCUUCCUGGACCACUGUUUCAACAGCCUGGAGGUGGACUUGAUUCGAGAGCAGGUGCAGCAGCUCAUCUCUCUGCCCAUGUGGAUGUGUCUCCUGCCGUCGAGGCUGCAGCACGAGCUGAAGAAAGUCCCCAAGAUGCAGAAGUUCUGGAACCUGAUCAAGAAGAAUUACGACAAGAUGGUCGGCGAAGACGCAGAGCUAGCCAAGAAAGAGAGAACGUUCCUCUCGGCUCUCAUUAAGAAAUUCCGGGGCGUUCUGACAUCCAUCCCGUUAUCAGGUGACGUGUCGAUGGAGAAGGUCCACUACUGUGAGAGGUUCAUCGAACUCAUGAUCGACCUGGAGGCCCUGCUCCCCACCAGGCGCUGGUUCAACACCGUGCUGGACGACUCUCACCUGGUGGUGACCUGCCACCUGUCCAGCCUCACACACAGGGCGAAGGAGGGACACCUCUUCUGCCAGCUUCUGGACAUGCUGAAGUUCUACACGGGCUUUGAGAUCAACGACCAGACGGGAAACGCCCUGACCCAGAAGGAGAUGACCACCCUGCACUACGACAAGAUCACCUCUCUCCAGAGAGCAGCGUUUGCCCAUUUUCCGGAGCUGGAGGACUUUGCCUUGUCCAACGUGGCUGCUGUGGACACACGAGAGUCCCUCACCAAACACUUCGGCCAUCUCAGUCCCAACACGCUCCACCGGGUGGCAUCCUACCUCUGCCUGCUGCCAGAGCUGGCUGAAGGCAAGGACACCACCUACGACAAGGAGGUUCUCCUCGAGCUGCUGGUGUCCCGGCAUGAGAGGAGAAUCUCUCAGAUCGAGCAACUUAACCAGAUGCCUCUUUAUCCAACGGAGAAGAUUAUCUGGGAUGAGAACAUUGUCCCCACGGAGUACUACUCUGGUGAAGGUUGCCUGGCCCUGCCCAAGCUGAACCUGCAGUUCCUCACGCUCCACGACUACCUGCUGAGGAACUUCAACCUGUUCCGCCUGGAGUCCACCUACGAGAUCCGCCAGGACAUCGAGGACGUGGUGUCGCGGAUGAAACCCUGGUGUUCUGAGUACGGGGGCGUGGUGUUUGGGGGCUGGGCCAGGAUGGCUCAGACCAUCACCACCUUCUCCAUCGUGGAGGUGGCCAAGCCCAACAUCGGGGAGAACUGGCCCGCCCGCGUCCGCGCCGACAUCACCAUCAACCUGAACGUACGCGACCACAUCAAGCACGAGUGGGAAGGCUUGCGGAAGCACGACGUUUGCUUUCUGAUCACGGUGCGGCCCAACCUGCUCUACGGCACGCGCUUCGACCGCCGCCAGCCCUUCGUGGAGCAGGCGGGCCUGGUGUACGUGAGGGGCUGCGAGGUGCAGGGCAUGCUGGACGACAAGGGCCGCGUCAUAGAGGAAGGUCCUGAUCCCAAGCCCAAGCUCCGAGGUGAUACUCGAACAUACCGCGUGUGGCUGGACCCCAACCAGUACCAGCAGGACAUGACCAGCAGCAUCCAGAACAGCACCGAGGACCCGUACGAGACCUUUAAUAUCAUCAUGAGGCGCAAGCCCAAGGAGAACAACUUCAAGGCCGUCCUGGAGACCAUCAGGAACCUGAUGAACACCGAGUGUGUCGUCCCCGACUGGCUCCACGACAUCAUCCUGGGAUACGGCGACCCAGGAAGCGCCCACUACUCCAAGAUGCCCAAUCAGAUCUCCACGCUGGACUUCAACGACACCUUCCUGUCCCUCGAACACCUAAAGUCCUGUUUCCCUGGCUACACGGUCACGGUCACCGAGGAGAACCCCGACCUUCAGAUACCCCCCUUCAGAAUCAAAUUCCCAAUUCAGAACAGGGCAGACAAGGGCAAGAAGAGGAAGGCCAAUGAGGAAGACGAGGAGGAGGAGAAGAAGAAGAAGGAAGAAGACCGGAUUUUGGUGGUGGAGCCUCACGUCCCUGUUAACCGGGGGCCCUACCCCUACAACCAGCCCAAACGAAACACCAUCCAGUUCACCCCCACUCAGAUGGAGGCUAUUCGUGCUGGGAUGCAGCCAGGACUGACCAUGGUUGUUGGACCCCCAGGUACAGGAAAGACGGAUGUGGCCGUCCAGAUCAUCUCCAACCUCUACCACAACUUCCCUGAACAGAGGACCCUCAUUGUCACACACUCUAACCAGGCUCUGAACCAGCUGUUUGAGAAGAUCAUGGCGCUGGACAUCGACGAGCGCCACCUUCUGCGUAUGGGCCAUGGUGAGGAGGAGCUGGAGACGGAGAAGGACUUCAGCAGGUACGGGAGGGUGAACUACGUGCUGGCCCGGAGGCUGGAGCUGCUGCGGGAGGUGGGCCGCCUGCAGGAGAGCCUGGACGUCCCUGGAGAUGUGUCCUACACCUGCGAGACGGCCGGACACUUCUACCUCUACCAGGUGAUGUCUCGCUGGGAGGAGUACAUGAGCAAGGUCAGGCCCAAGCAGGGCCGCGUGGUGGAGGCCGAGGCCGUGGCUGUCCACUUCCCGUUCCACAAGUACUUCUCCAACGCCCCCCAGCCCGUGUUCAGGGGCCGCACCUACGAGGAGGACAUGGACAUCGCCGAGGGCUGCUACCGACACAUCAAGAAGAUUUUCACCCAGCUGGAGGAGUUCCGAGCCUUCGAGCUGUUGAGGAGUGGGCUGGACCGCUCCAAGUACCUGCUGGUGAAGGAGGCCAAGAUCAUCGCCAUGACCUGCACGCACGCCGCCCUCAAACGCCACGACCUGGUCCAGCUGGGCUUCAAGUAUGACAACAUCUUGAUGGAGGAGUCAGCUCAGAUUCUGGAGAUCGAGACCUUCAUCCCGCUCCUGCUGCAGAACCCGGAGGACGGCUACAGCCGCCUGAAGCGCUGGAUCAUGAUCGGAGACCACCACCAGCUGCCGCCCGUCAUCAAGAACAUGGCCUUCCAGAAGUACUCCAACAUGGAGCAAUCCCUCUUCACCCGCUUCGUCCGCCUGGGGGUGCCCACCGUGGACCUGGACGCGCAGGGGCGCGCCCGCGCCAGUCUUUGUAACCUGUACAACUGGCGCUACAAGCAUCUGGGAAACCUGCCCCACGUGCAGCUCCUACCCCAGUUCCAGGCACCCAACCCUGGCCUCACCUUCGACUUCCAGCUGGUCAACGUGGAGGAUUUCAACGGUGUGGGCGAGUCGGAGCCCAACCCAUAUUUCUACCAGAACCUGGCGGAGGCAGAGUACUCAGUAGCCCUCUUCAUGUACAUGCGCCUGCUUGGUUACCCCGGCGACCGCAUCAGCAUCCUCACCACCUACAACGGGCAGAAGCAUCUGAUCAGAGACGUCAUCAACCAGCGCUGUGCGGGCAACCAUUUCUUCGGACAGCCCAACAAGGUGACGACGGUGGACAGGUUCCAGGGUCAGCAGAACGACUAUAUCAUCCUCUCACUGGUCCGUACCAAAGCUGUCGGACACCUGAGGGACGUGAGGCGUCUGGUGGUGGCCAUGUCCAGGGCCAGGCUGGGUCUCUACGUCUUUGCGCGGGUGGCUCUGUUCCAGAACUGCUUUGAGCUCACGCCGGCCUUCAGCCAGCUCAGUGCCAGGCCCCUGCAGCUGCACAUCCUCCCCCACGAGUACUACACCCAGGAGCAGCCCAGAGAAGAGGGUCCUAGACAGGGGGAGCGUGUGAUCAAGAACAUGCCAGAGAUGGCCAACCUGGUGUACAACAUGUACAUGCACAUGAUCCAGCAGAGCACACAGCAGUACCGACAGCAACAGCAGAACCUGCUGCCCCCUCCCCAGCAGACCACGGAGGAAGAGGCCAUGACAGAGGCGGCCGAGGCCGAGCCAGAGGCCUCCAAGCCUGGGGAGGACAAGGUGGAGGAGCCCAUGGAGCAGGGGGAGGACCAGGGAAAGAGCCCUCAAGACACAGCAGCCAGCCAGGAGGAGAGCGAGGAGCACCCCAAGAUGCCUGAGCACCCUGGUCGGGACAGCGACAGUGAUGGGGACAGCGGGGAGGAGCCAGAGUCUUAGAGAGCCCACUGACUGAACAGCUGGGUUACACAGGCCCUCACUGAAUGGAGGCACCUAACUGGGUCUUGCUCAGAAGGAGAAUGUGGCUUGUUUCAAAGGAUUCUGCUUUAUUUUUUCUGUUUUCAACGGAAGCCAUGAUGAUGUCAUAGAAACAUUGAGGGUCUUUUCAUAAAAACUGAGAUGAGAGAUUAGAGAUGUUUUGUUUUGUAACCUUUUUUUGUAAUAAUAAAAUAAAGUAAACUUUUGAUAUGUGAA